AUGGCAAUGAAACGUAUUAGCAAGGAAUUGGCGGACCUCGGCCGUGAUCCUCCGUCUUCGUGCAGCGCUGGUCCCACAGGGGACAACAUGUUCCAGUGGCAAGCUACGAUCAUGGGCCCUAGCGACUCGCCCUACUCUGGCGGCGUCUUUUUCCUUUCGAUCACGUUCCCUACAGACUACCCAUUCAAGCCACCAAAGGUCUCGUUCUCUACCAAGAUCUAUCACCCGAACAUCAAUGCCAACGGCAGCAUCUGCCUGGAUAUCCUGAGGGACCAAUGGAGUCCCGCCCUGACGAUCUCCAAGGUUUUGCUGUCGAUCUGCUCGAUGCUCACAGAUCCCAACCCGGACGACCCGCUUGUGCCGGACAUUGCCCACUUAUACAAGACGGAUCGUGGCGCGUACGAGAACACGGCGCGCGAAUGGACUCGAAAGUAG